AUGAAACCGCUUGUGUAUCCGUGUCUCUGGUGUCCCAAAAAACCUUGUAUUCAUUAUGACUCUAAUUCGAAUCUCAAGCAGCACCGUGACGGUUACGCCGUCGGCCGAGUUCGAAAACCAUGCGCUGUCAAGGGUGGCUUGGUGGAACUUGGCCGAACUGUACUUUCUCGACAUCAACAGCGCAAAUCGAUCUUGGGAGUUUUCCCCAUCCCUGAGCGACUGCCGGUCAUUGCAGAGGAAGACGAAGAAGAAUCACACCCAAGUGCGAUUGUUAUUGAAGACGACGAAGAUCAAACUGAAGCUGAAGAAAUGCCUUUACCUGAUGAAGAAGACACUGAUCACGAUUCCGAAUGCGAAGAGACCGCCUGUGCUCCUCCGGACUAUGACGAAGCUGAAGAGGACCGGUGCGAUCGGGAAGAUGUGAAUGACAUCGCACCUGAAACCUCAACCACAAACGAUUUCAAAAACAACACAUCAAGGAAACAUGCUCUCCGUCUCAAUGCGUUAAUGGCCCAGGCUAACUUUAUCUCGCGCCGGGUUGCUAGAUCAGCUCCUUGGCGCAGAUAUUUCACACGUGUUGCAAAAAGCAUGAAUCUCAAACUUUUACCCUUGACACCAGGUUACAAUGCGACCCGUUGGAAAGCGGAAUUCGAUUCUCUUAACCGAUUGGUACAGGCACGUAAGUUCUACGAGCAGGCAUUUGGACCUCAGCACCCCCAUACGAUCCGCGCUGGUACACUCUUGCAGGAGAAGUUUGCACAGCGUCAGAAAACGAUUGGCUCACCACAGACUGACGUACCAGCAUCAACCUCUGACUCGAAUUCAACUACCUCAGCGAAGACGAGCUCUGACGUCAAUGUGUUUCAGCUUUUCAAAGCUCAAGAGCCUCAGGCACAGGUAGAUGAAAUGGCUGCUUACCUAAAGGGAACACAUCCGAUGUCGGCUAAGGAUGAUGCUAGGGAAUGCAACGCCAUAUUACCAUGGUGGAGUGUGCGUAUUACUUUCUGGCUUGAAUCAUGA